AUGGGUUCGGCUGGUUCCAAGCCCGCCUUGGUGACAUCUUCUUCGCCUUCUUCAAAGCGUCAAGCAGUGGACUCUCCUGGAGGUCACGUCGACAAGCGUGUCAGAACCCAAAGCAACGAUGAGGACGGCGAUGAGGGCAACGAAACCCAGCCGGUUUUGGCGACAGCUUGGGCUUGGCUGGCUUCUAUUCUGUCCAGUCGCAAUGUUCUCAAGCAAGCCAAUCCGGAGCACGCUCUGUCGACUCGCCUGCUGGCUGCCUACUUUGAAAUUCCCCCGAGGUUUUUUCAGGACAACUUUGAACAAACUGGCAGCUUCCAGGUCGCUGCUACGCUCCAGUUCAUCCAAGAGUUUGAGUACUCGGCUCGUAACGACAAUCAGCAGCCCACGAGUCAUGAUCAACUGCCGUGGCUUGCCAUCGCUGUUGACGGAAUUCAACAGUUGCUUGGCUGUUCGAGCUGGCACAACGCUCAACGUCAACGUCAGUUUGCUGGACAAGACUCUCGCGUCACUCAAGGCUGCAGUGAAGCGCCCCGCAGCGCGACUCUUUGUGCUUACGCUGGCACUUUGUCCGACCACCUCACCACUGGCCUGAUUGAGUCGCUCCAAUCUCAAACCUCAACUUCAAGCAAGUUCAACGUGGACGAGGAGGAGGUGCCUGAACCCCAGCGCGUGGAUGCAAACCUCGAGAGCCAGUUGCAUCCUUCCGGUGGCAUACCAUGCCACAUUGAGAAGGUUCUUGGUGUGAUGGCAAGCGGCGCGGCGGCUAAACUCUGUCUGAAUGCCCGCACGUUUAUCGAGCUCGUGCACUUCUGUGCGUUCGACGCGUUCUCGAUCAACCCUUCAAGUCUGGACGCCCGAACUCGCUCUUGGAUUGACACAGGAUGUGCUUUCGUCGCGUGCGAGAAGGACAGCAGAGGGUCGUUGCAGUUCAAUUUGCCCAGCGAGUCGAAACUUGAUCUUCUUUCGGGUGACGCCCCACUAAGACGUGACACGCUCGCACAAACGGUGCGCUCGGCCUACGGCCAUGUCGCCGACCUUCAGCGCAAGAUGGAGCAUCAUUUCACGCAGCGUUAUCUUCCUGCAGUUGAGUGGGAGCAUACUGUGGGCAUCCUUUUCAACUUGCGAUUGACUGUACUUGUCGCCAAAGCACUGCUGGAUCAGGCUGACGUUUCGAAGCAGCUUGACGCUUCAAAACAGCUUGACGCAUCAGACCAGACUGGUGCACCACAGCUGCCGGCUCACAUGGACGUACCGCUGAGUCGGGUGCUACCUGGCGUCAAGUUUGGUGCGGGAUGUGAGGAACUCCAACUUCGGUUGCCACUGAGCAAUUGGAGGGAAGACCUGACGUGCAUGACAAAGAUCGACAAUGAUGAAUGUACACUCGCGACUCACAUUGAGCCGGCUAUUGACUGUUGCAUGCAUGCUCAAGUCGUCGAGAAA